AUGCGUCUCACUUGCAGACCGGCUGUAAUAUCAGAAUGGGUUGCCUCUCUCUCCGCGGAGUGCUCCUCAAAUGGCCGGGACAUCAAGAGCGCAGUAUCAACCGACAAUCCACUUUUCACGUAUAUCCACCCUGAAGCAAUCACAAUGCCGACUGGUGCGGCUACGGCGACGAAUUCAAGCAGCUCUGCCUCUCCCACCACACCCCCGAUAUCCGGCGACAUGCCGAGUCCUACAACAACUACAUCAACUACACCCCCGCUAAACGCAGGGCAGAAAGGGGGCAUAGCGGCGGGCGUCGUAAACUUUACAGUUUUAGCCCUAGCUGCAGCAGUCCUCUUGUAG